AUGCUCGGGGAGUUUAUUCAACAUAUGGAAGAGAUGGAGACACUUAUGGAGGAAUUGGGUUCAAACUGUAAUAAUACUGGUUGGGAACAUUGGCUCACUCAUGCAAAGCAGCCGCACGUGGGUUACACCGUAGGUGACAGGAUUGUGUGCAAGCUCAUGUCUGGGGCAUUAUUCUUUAUAUAUACGAGGCACAAGGAGACGGGCGCCACGCGAAUGGAGAAUAACAAUGAUGAAAGGUUGAAGGAGUAUGUGGUGUGUGCCAUACUGAACAUGUUUGCAACGUUUUUAAAGGAGUCAGCAUGCGGCGGGAAAUGGGGUAUUUAUUAUGCAUGGUACACCAUGAAACAAAUGGACGCAUCAACGGGGGGAGUAAUGGAAAGGAUGAAUUGUGCAAAUGAAGUAUAUCAAAAUAUUAAAGCUGGAGGAUGGUCCAUGGAAGAGAAAAUUAAACAAUGGUUAAGUACGAACACCAGACUACAGGAAACAAUGCGCACAGCAGGUGUAAGCAAUAUAUGCCAUUGGGAACUGGAUAAAGACGGGAACAUAAAAGGCGGCAAGACUAAGGGGGAUGCAGGAAAUACGAGGGACAUGAAAGCCAAAAACGUAACGAAGAAAUUGACGGAAGGUAUAAGGGACAUUUUUGUGGACAUUAAGAACGAGGUUACGGAAACCAUAAAACGCCAGCGGCAUACUCAACAGGCCCCGGGAGUACAAGGGGGACACACAACAUCAGGAUCAUCAUCCACAACAACAUCAACACCGGGCAAGUCACAAACGGGUAAUACAGAUAAUGCACUUGGCAGCGCCACACCCGCCCCUGAAAAUCCAGGAGCUACAGCAACGGCGGCAACAUCAUCAACAUCUUCAUCGUCAUCACCAUCCGGGACGUCGGAGUCGGCGCCCGCCACAUCCGCCACGGCGGCUACUGUGCCGGCUGCAACAACAGGAUCGUCAACUGCCCAGGUACCAACGCAGACACCAUCAAGCUCAGGUACAGGGAGUACAAGUACUGGAACGGGUGCAGGUACUGCAAGUACAAGUACAGAUGGCAAAGAUCCAUCGAUUCAGCAAGAAGGACAGAGCCCACCUGGAACCCAAGGUAAGAAACCAAUAAAGAACACGGACCCAGAGGGGGCCAAUAGGGAAUCCCAGAAUACUGGGGAAGACUGCACGAACUUAGGGAAUGAUCAUGAGAAAAUUAGUGCAUGCCUGUUGGAGCAGGAGACACGCCCAAAUGCUGGGAGAGCAGAUGACUUGGACGAUCCGGACGAAAAGAGAACAGGUGCCUGGGGGGUUUAUGGAAGUACCCGCACGCUUCAAGUGUCCGAGGGAACGUCCAUUUCUAUUUCGGGUAUACCGAAAGGUAAAGAUUCUACCGUAAGCACAAGUACACCGGAAAACCCGGUACCACCAGAACCAUCUGCACCCGCAGGUCCAGGCGCGGAUCCAGCAUUAACGGAGCCUGCCCCGACAACAGCAAUUGAGGAUUCAUCACCUACAAAAACAUCAGGCGCCGUAGGUGAAUCUACAGGCAACACUGUUCCUGAUGCACCUGACCCAUUAUUGUUCACUGAACCCGGGGCACCCGGUGAAAAUGGUGAACCAUCCUCUACCGCAAGAACGCAGAGCACUCCGUCGAGUCCUCCACCAGACGACUUCUCAUGGUUCGGCAAGACCCCAUGGGAACAGAGCACGCCCAGAUCAGCCACAUCAGGAACAGGAACAGGAACAGGAACAACAUCCUCAGGUGGUAACAAGGACGAGGCAACGCAUACUGGAGCAAGUUGCUCCUCCAACAGUACUGAUACUAAGUGCGACCUUAAACUAACAAUACCAUUUGAUGCAAAAGGCAGGGACAUAGGAGGACACUACGGAACAGGACCCACCCCAGGUCCAAACGGGGAACUUCCGAAGAAUGUGCACGAUGAUGGCCCCGUCUUCCCCGACCUAACCGCCGACGUCCUUACCGCCACUACUCCCAUCCUGUUUUUCGUCACUUCCGUAUUCGUCGCCCUUCUUGGUUAUUCCCUUUGGAAGAAAUAUUGGAGCAUCUACAACGCGGCGAACUACCGCCACCACCCGCUUACGGAAGUGCUCCACGAACGUGAAGCAACCGAGUGGGAAAACGUCAAAGACGACUAUUUGCAGAUUGUCGUGCAGGAGUUUGCACAGGAGUUUGGGCAGGAUUUGAUGCGGGACGUGGAGCAGGACGAGGACACGAAUAACCAUAUCUUGGGUGUUUCUACGUCAGACCAGGGUUCUGCAGGCACCCAUGUUUCCUACACUGACUCCGACGGAACGGACACUUGUACACCGAAUGACCCCGAUCCAUGGAGUUGUAUGGAACACAUACAGUUAGCAACGGAACAUGUCCACCGAAUGACUGCGAUCCAUGGACUUGUAUGGAAACCAUACAGUUCGCAACGCACCCUUGUCGCCCUAAUGACCCCGAUGUAUGGAGUUGUAUGGAAACCAUACAGUUAG